GAAAAAUGCUAAUAUGGUUCAUUGUUACCUUUUUGUUUCUAAUUGAUGGCAAAAACAUUGCAGUUAUGGUGUUGGGCGUCCUAGUGAGUUUGUAUUUAAAAUGCCGCCGAAGUUUGAAGGAGGACAUACCUAAGUUCCAGACGCAUCACCAGCAACAACCACAAUUUGCUACGCUCACUAUAGAAAAAUUCUUGAAUGAUAUCGAAAGGGAGAAGCCAGUAAGAUUCACUGAUCAGCAGUUACAAAUUGCAACCGAUAACUACUCUAAUUUGUUGGGAUCAGGAGGUUUCGGUGCUGUUUACAAAGGGAUUUUCAAUGGCGCCAUGGUAGCCGUGAAGGUCCUGCAUGGAAAUUGUGACAAAAGAAGUCAAGCACAGUUUAUGGCAGAAAUGGGAACACUUGGUAAAAUCCACCAUUUCAAUCUUGUUCGGUUAUAUGGCUUUUGUUUUGAAGAAAACUUGACAGCAUUGGUUUAUGAGUACAUGGGAAAUGGAUCUCUUGACAAGUAUUUGUUAAAAGAAAACAACACGUUAGGAUUUGAAAAGCUUCAUGAGAUAGCGGUUGGAACUGCAAGAGGCAUUGCUUAUUUGCAUGAAGACUGCCAACAAAGAAUUAUUCACUAUGACAUUAAACCGGCCAAUAUUUUAUUGGACCGGAAUUUCAAUCCUAAGGUUGCGGAUUUUGGUUUGGCAAUGAUUUAUAACAGGGAUAACACUCAUAUAUCUAUGACCGGUGGAGGAGGAGGCAGGGGAACCCCCGGUUACGCUGCGCCGGAGCUAUGGAUGCCGUUCCCGGUGACUCACAAAUGCGAUGUCUAUAGCUUUGGAAUGUUGUUGUUUGAGAUCAUAGGUCGGAGAAGAAAUGUUGAUAAUAAUGUUCCUGAAAGCCAAGAGUGGUUUCCAAUGUGGGUUUGGAAAAAAUUUGAUGGUGGAGAAUUACAGGAUUCAACAUUAGUGUCUGAAUUAUUGUUGGAGAAACAUAAGGAGAUGGUAGAAAGAAUGAUUAAGGUAGCUUUGUGGUGUGUUCAGUAUAGGCCAGAAUCAAGGCCUAUGAUGAGUGCUGUUGUGAAAAUGUUGGAAGGCUCUGAAGAAAUUCCACAACCUUUGAACCCAUUUCAAUACUUGAUGGACAAUGGUUUCACUACUGCUCAUGAUCAUUCACCUCAAGAUUCAUCAAAUAUGUACACUACUAGUACAACUUCAAGUGGUAGUGUGAUUGUGGUGGAAUCCAAUAAUAUUGUAUCUACUACUCCAAUCAAGAGUCAUAAUGAGAUCGAAUUGUUAGUCUCUAGCUAGUUAGGAGUGAAAAGGCUUUCCACAGCUUAUUGAUUAAUUUGUAAUUUUUUAAUUUUUUCAAUUUAAUUAUAUUUCAUUGUCAAACGAG